CAGAUAGGGAGGCGGACUUUUACCUCCCUAUACAUUCAGAGGAAGUAAGAGAUGAAUUUGAUAGAUUGGGUCAAAGAAUUUAGAUUUAUUUUUCUUUAAAAAAUAAAUAAAAGAAAAACAGAAAAUAAUGAGAAACAGUCGAAUAGAAAAGCAAACCCAAACUUUAUGAAAGAAGAACAUUGUCAAAACUAUCGCCUUGUACAGUUCCACCUCGCAUGGAAGUUUUUACUCGUGCUCCAAAGCCUCUAGGGUCAUUCCGUAAGUCAGCAGCAGCUUCUAUAUUCAUGUCCGUUAGCGAUGGCAAAAGGGUUACACAAGCAUUUUCAGUGUCUUUAUAAUCUUUCUAAUAAAGACUCCAAUCUUCUGAAUAGGAAAUAGCCGAUUUUGUAGAGUCCAGGUUGACUUUUUUGGUCUUUACAGGUUACGUGGACUCAUUAAAACAUACCUUUAUUGAGCGGAUCUUCAGCAUUGGGUGCUAGGAAUAAAAAUUGGAGGCCUACUAAAAUAGAAUUUAGAUUGAGCACUGGAUUCCAUUCUUGUCUUAGGAUGUUUAGACAAACAUUCCCUUGUGUAUCAAUAUUGGGAUGGUAGAUCUAAAAAAUGAAUUAGCUAUCCUUCAGAUCGGUAAUAUUAAAAAUGAACACGUUCAAAAAAGACAAAAAGAAUGAGGGAAGAAAUAUCUUUUGAGCCAUAAUCCUAAACUUACCUUGUUAAGACAUCGCACUUUUGGAGGAUCGUGUGGAUAAUUGCUAUCAAUGUGAAUUGAAAACUGGAACUUUCCACCAUAAUAAUAUCCUUAUUGAAAUGAGUUAAUAUGUCUGUAUACCCUUGACUCAAAGACACGGUACAGUAGCUACUGCUAUUCCGUGGUUAACAAAUCUUACCCUCAUCUGGACGAAUUUCCAAUAGCAAUUCAUGAAGCUUGGUCACAUCUGGCCAGCUUGUCGACAUAGUAGAGGGCACAUCCAGUUCUGAAAUGUCUAACAAAGAGUUCGUUAGAUUUCAUGACAUGUCUGUCUUUCAUUAAAACUUGGUAGUCUAGAAACAGUACCUUUUUGUAUACGAAUUUGAGCAGGACUAAUCCCUGAAGAGCUUUUUUCUCUUUCAGCAUCUUUUUUCUUCAUUUCCCAUAAUUUCCUCAUUGUUCUAGCGAGUCUCGUCGUACCUAGAAAUUGGCUAGUGACAUGUCCUGAUGUAAACAAUGCAUUUAAGAAGACGUUUUCGUUUUCCAUGCGCGUUUGCUUUCAUUAAGUGUUUUUCCGAAUAAAAACAUGAAUUCACUAAUUGAAAUAAUUAUUGGAACUUUUCUCACUAAGUACUCUUUAAUAACUUCACUAAGAUACGGCAAAUGGUUCUUUCCUUCUAAAGCGUUUGUUUACGUUCUUGUACAUAAAGAAACAGUGCUAUUUUAUCUUUUUAUUAAUAUAUUUUUAUCUAUUAAUAUUUCAAAAUAGUCGUUUAAGACAUUUGGGAUUCAUAAUUUUGUCACUGACAUGCCUGGCCUAGAAAUUUUUUGCAAUUAGAAAGAGCCCUUGGUAAAGAUUAUUGACUAGACUUGGAUAAUGCCAAACCAACCAUUCAAGAAAAUAAAAAAAUUGAUUAUUUAACAGGUUCUCUUUUACAAGAGAAAUUAGAGUAGUUUUUGUGGAAUUACUUGUUUUUCGUCGUUUUUGUUCUACUUUUCUCUUACUUUUCAACUUGCCCAUCGCAAAUUCCCGAUUCUAUUCUCACUUUAGAAACGAUCAGAAUGGCAUUUUUGAAGCCUUCCUCUUCUUCCCUAGCUAAAUUAUUAACGGCAAAACCUUCUGGUGAAUUGUCAUUUGAGGCGUUUCAACAUUUAUCACGAUUGGUCGCUAUUGAUGUUCCUUCCUCCGAUGCUGAAAAAGAGAAUAUGUUAAACAAAUUAAAUGAAGGAAUAGGAAGAAUGCAUGCUAUGGAGCAGGCUGAUACUUCUCACAUUGAUCAUCCAUUUCAUACAUUGAGUUUUCCAGUCGACGUAGAAGAAUUGAAUACCCCUACAGAAGAAAAUCAAACAAAUUGGGAUGUCUUUCGAAACUCCAAAAUGUCAGAGCCUCCCUAUUUCAUUUCCAAGAUGUCUCAUUCCAAUCCUUCUACCGAUGAAGCUUCUCGAAAUUGAAGUUGUUUUCGUUUUAAAAAAAAUAAGAAUGCACAAGUGAAGUGUUUGUAAAUUUUUUAUUCUUUUAUUUAUCUUUAGAUAGGUACAUAAGCUCUUUGUUAGAUAUUAUUGCUCAUUGACGAUCACAUACCUCGAUUUUGUCGCGAUAUGCGAACGUUUGGAAUGAAAAAUAUGUUGUAAGGGUUUGCCUUUCCAUUACUUUUCCUUUUUGGAUUGAAUCUUUUCUUUUCUUUUUUGCCUUAACUGGCGGAUAAAGAGCAUUGUUAACACAAACAUGGUGGAAUUAAUUAGUAGGGGAGUAUACGGACUAUUGAAUUGACUGUAGAAAGAGAGGGCUUUACCAAGAAGCUUAUAAGCAAACCGAAAAGGACCAGCAAUAGAAAAGAUUCCU